AUAACAAAUGCUAGCGCGAAGCUGUGGUUGUGCGAUGGUUCUCUUUGCCGACGUUGCUUCAGUAGUCACGUGACUUUCUUAAAACGAAAACAUGGCUGCAACGGGUUUAAGCUUUCGGUGGCUUGACAUACUAGAAAAAGAAUUUGACAAGGCAUUUGUGGAUUUAGAAAUAUUAAUCGAUGAAUUUGAUUCUGAAGAGCCUGAUGUUGUUUAUACAGCGCGACAGAAAAUGGCAACACUAAGCUCCUGUUUCGCACAGCUGACUCAUAAAGCUCAAACAAUUUUUCAGAACAGCGCCAAGGUUGAGGCGGAGCUGGUGCAUCUGCGCGCGGAGCUGGUGGAGGCGGUGGCGCGGCGCGGCUCGCUGGAGGAGGAGCUGCACGCGCUGCUGCUGCGGCUGCACGCCAUCCAGCUUCAGAGGCUGCCCGGCGCCGCGCCGCUGGACGCAGAUGCCGAGCGCAUCCGCCGCCGGCUCGAGGAGGAGCUGCAGAGAUCGCCCUCCCGCCAGCAGCGCUCCAAUAAGGAUGGCAGUCUUCAACUGGGCUUAGCUGAAGUAGCAACAUUACAGAGUGAAGCAGUACAACUGAGACGAGAGAAUACUGCUCUGCGCAACACACUUCUUGCACUCCACUCUGAGCUCUAUGGUGCUAAAUUAGCUGCGAAGUAUCUUGAUAAGGAACUGGCUGGCAGGAUCCAGCAGCUCCAACUGCUGGGACGAGAGAUGCGUGGUGAAAUACGGGAUAAACUGUGGAGGCAGCUUGAGGCAGAGAUACUACUGCAUAGGCACAAAACAGUUGUAAGGGCAUGUCGAAGUAGGAAUGCUGGAUCAGGUACCUCUGGUCCACCACUGAAUACCUCCCAGUCGCAUUCACAGCCACAGCAGCAUCAGCCAUUAUCGCCACAACAACAAGAACAGAACCAGCAUCAGCAACAACACCAGCAGCAAGAACAGCAGCAGUCCAGUGCAUCAGAGAAGGCUGCUGCAGAAGUAGCCAGCACUAGCUGUGGGUCACAGGGAAUUGGGGAGCCACGGACAGUUACUGUGCGGAGGGAGCCAGGUGAAGGGCUUGGGAUAUCCAUCACGGGUGGUAGGGAGCAUGGAGUUCCAAUUCUCAUAUCUGAACUAGACCCUGAUGGACCUGCAGCAAGAUGUGGCAACCUAUAUGUAGGUGAUGCAGUGCUGUGUGUUAAUAGUAUUGAUCUCAGACAGGCUUGCCACCAAGAGGCUGUGGAAAUCCUAUCAGCCCAAACGGGUGAUAUCAUUCUUGAAGUGCAAUAUGUAUCAACUGAAGACAGUGAUGAAGACAACUCUCUGGGAGAAGAUUUAUAUGGAUUCCGGUACAGAUUUUUUGAUGAUGAGGUUCUAGAUGGAAGCGAUCCUGUCACCCUGCAUCCAUUACAGAAUGGUUAUAUCAGCUAUAAAAAUAAUACUGAUUGUGCGUUAAUAACAACACCUACUGCACCAAGGACACCAGAAUCACCAAAUGAACAAAACAGGAAUUACUCAGACUGCAGCAUCCCGGGAAGUCCAUUGAUGAAUGAAAAGGAACAGCUUGAGCCACAUUCUGCUGGAGAGCAUGAAGCUGGCUUUGCAGAACAGCUUUCAUCUUCUUUUGCUGUUAGCUGUUCCACAAAUUCUCCUAGCCACUCAGAUACAAAUUUCUCUGCUGUGAACAUGGAUCCUUCUCCAUACUCACCAAUGCAAGUUUCAACAGAUGGCAGAUCAUCUGUGAGUGAAGAUUCAUUGGUCAGGAGUCCUAUUAAAGACCACACAGGCCAAAAUUACUACAAAGAUAGUGACACAAGCAUCUCUGUUCCAUCAACUCCAAACAAUAAUAAUAACAGACAGUCUGUCACUAAUGAAGAUGACAAGUACAACUUGAUGAACAUUGGUGUCACCACAUUACAACAUAUAUUUGGAAACACAUUCCCUAAUCCCUCUGCAUCACCAGACACAAAAAACCACAUUUCAUCUGAUGCAGUAGACAGUGUUUCACUAGGAAGUGUUAUUCUUGAUUCAAAUAAGAACAGUUUAGAGAAUACUGCUACCACUGGUGCCAAACAUGAUGAUGUGCAGAGACAUUCUGCAAAAAUUAAGAAGACCUCUAGUAUAGAUUCAACAAGUGAUCAAUCUCCUGGUGACACAUCAAGUUUGAUAUCUGAAAAGUGCCGAAGCAAAUCUAGGGAAAGUCAAAAGACUCGAGGGCACAAAAAGCGUUCAGCAGGGACUUCUGUUGUGGAAACCCAUGGACAAAGAACUGGUAGGAGUAGUACAGGGGUGACAAAGUUUGCAGAUACUGGUCACAGAAGUGGGAGGGCACAACGCCUUGCACAAGACAUCUCUCCUCCUUCAGUUAGUGGAUCUUCUCGCUCUGUGGGUACUGACAGCUUUGGUGACCCUGAUUUUGGUACUCCAGUUUGACACAACUCACAGAAAUGUGAAUUUUGACUGAGCAUAGCAUAUGCUACACCCCGUCCAUGGUGUCCAUCCACUGCCACAUCUACCCUGCUGAACCUAUGGAGGGUGCGGUGAAUCUAGUUUCAGAACUUCCGUUCUGUAGAAUAACAUAUGCUGUGUGCUAGCAACUAUUUGAAAAUGCAUUCCUCCCUCCAUUUCAAGCAGCUGAACCUUAUUUUCCAUGACAUUUUUAAAAAACAUAAUAGUACAUAUUACCACAGUAUGUUAGGAUUAUAAUACUUAUUUUCAUUCCAUUUGUCUCACUUGAAGGCAAUUGUUGAAGUACAACUGCUUUAGAAGCUUCUCUGAUUAAAUAUAUUUUGGAUACAGUCAUAGCAAGAUUAAGAAUUGUAACUCUGUGGGAUGUACAAUAAUGUGUUUGCACACUUAAUAUCUACAUAUUUUGUACUUUUACUCUUGUGUUACAUAUGUCAUUAGCCUUUAAAUGAUCCUUGAGGAACUAGAAACUAAGCAGACCUUUUGAAUAAAGUGUUAAUGUUGUUUCAUCAA